GGGGGGAUCAUGAUUUUUGGCAUAGUAGUGAUUCUGCCCUGCUACUCCACUCUCCUCUCACUGCUAAGCCCCAGAGACUGGAGCCACAGCAUCUGUCCCAGUAGCAGGUUAGGGUUAGGGUUGGUGCCGACCCUAACCCUAACCCUGUCGCGUACAACACGUCUCCGCCGCCUGGACGGCGUGAUCCGAGUGUCCAGCAGUGAUGCAGAACUCUGGAGUCAUUGUGAAGACAAACAGCCUGAGCCCCGCUGCCUGUUCUUGCUGUCUGCUGCCACACGGCCGGUCCGCCUCUUAAAGGCACAGCGCCCUCCGUUCCACCGCCAGGGCACGGAGAAAUGGCUCUCCUUUUACCGUUACAGCAUCAGGACCCUCUGUUGAUGUUGCUGUGAGGCGGUGGAGGCAGAGCUGUCUGUGAGGGGUCGAUGUGGCGGCGCUUUACAUGCACAGAUUCACACGAGUGCACGUACAUAUUGUCCUCCACGGUGCCUCCCCCUGCUUCAUGCCAGAGCUCAGAUUGAUAAUGAUGUUUUUGUUUUCUAUAUUUAGCCUUUUGCUGUGCGGGGUGAUCGCCGAGCCUCUGUGACUGCUUUAGCGGGUGAAAAUGUGCACGACGGGCAUGCCAACAGGUUUUUCUCACUUUGGCUUUGAUUUGUGUGAAUCUGUUGCAACGAGCCACAUCUCAAAAUAAACCCGUCACCGUCACUUUCUGCUUCUCUGCACAGUCCUGCUGCAGAGAAAUGCUUUUCCUGUGAUGCCACGGAUCAAUAGGAGAAGUACAGGGCUAGAGCGGGGGGAGAGUCCGGCUCUGUUGGAGGAAAAGGAGGAAAACUGGGAUCUGCAGCAGAGCUGAGGAGAUGUAACCCUGCUGGGGGACGUCUCACCUGGAGACAGCAGGGAGGACGGAAGCCACGUCCAUCUGUGAGCGGAGCAGGGAUCACACGUAAGGGUGGCUCCCUCCGCCUGAGCUGAACAGAGCCCCCCCCCCUCGUGUUGUCAUCCCUCCAGACGUCUCAGGUGUCAGAGGGUUGCUGCUGCACACCUCGGUGGGACUGUCGUGCACCGGCAGCUCGUCUUUGUUCUCGUCUGUCUGCUGGUGUCAUAGCUCCGCUUAGACCGGACCCCCCAGCCCGGCACUGGUUAUCAGCAGCGUCGUCUUUGCUUAAGGAGACGAGAUGCUUGUGUUUCAGAUGUGAUGUCAUCAGGGUUGGGGGGGGGGGGGGUGCUGUAGUGGCGGCUGGGCUGCUGAUCGGGGAUGUCUCAGUGAGGCGGGGGCAACGGCGCUCCGAUGCUGUGGGCUCUGCUCAAUGUGGGUCAGGAAAAGCAGAAACCUGCCCCCCCCCCCCAUAACUGUUCUCAUUCCCUCCUUUCACAAAGCUCUGCACCUUGCUUUGUGGUCCCCUCCUCAUCCUCCUCAUCCUCCUCCUUUGUUGCAUCCGGUGGAUCUGGCCCGCCGUGGCGGAGCGGAGGCUCUCCGCGUUCGGCUGCAGUGACCUUGUAGGAACCGGCGUUGGCAGCAGAUCUACGGCAGAACAAAGACCAAGAUUAGUAGGAGCCUGCUGAGGAGACGAUGGACCAACACAGGCUGUAGAUGCUCAGGUGCAAACACACCUUCAAGCCAGGUUCCCUAGGACGCAGCGGAGGAGGUGGACUCAUCAGAGAUGAUUCCUCAUGAAGUUUGUGGAGCUGCUUUUGUGACCUGGAGUGACUCCAUUUGCUCUGCUGUGAGCUCUGGGCUGGUCCACCAGUAAACGUCCCAGCACACCGGGACAGCCGUCCAGUGGAGCGGAGUCGAGCUAAAAGUGGUGCGAGUGAACUUUAGCACCACAGCGGCACCAUGAAGGCCAACCAGGAGCGGAGUAAUGGGUGCUUGCCUCCUAAGAAGCGUGAGAUCCUGGCUCUGGAGCAGAGGCCAGUGGUAGCAGCAGCGCCUCCUGCUGGAGGACCUGCUGACAGCCCCCACGCAGAAAACCUAGCCUGGCUGGCGAGUGUAGCCAGUGAACGCUGUAAGUCCAGAGGAGCAGAGAGCCCACGAUGCCUGGUGCCCUCCACCUCAUCCUCUCCUUCCACAUCCACCCCCUCCCCAGUUACCCCCCUGUCUGCCGUGCCUCUGGCCUCCUUACCGGCUGUUUACCCCGCUGCCCUCCCCCAGCAAGCCGGGACCAUCCAGUUAGCUCAGCUGGGGCCCAACGUCCAGUUCAUCAGCUCGGGGCCGUAUGCUGGCUACAUCUCUUCUCACAUCAUCCCAGCGACUGCCGGCUCCGCCCCUAGCAGCGCUGCUAUGCUAGGACAGCGCCCCCAGGUGGACGGUUACACCACAGCUCUCGUGUCCCCCAGCACCAAAGGGGAGCAGCAGUUUCAAAUAGGCCUCCCCCCCACUGAGCUGGCUCCGGUGUCGCUUUCAGGUUCUCCCCAAGUCGCCAGCCAGUACAUCCACCUGGACAGCAGGACGCCGCUAACCGUGAGCCGAAACGCGGUGACGCCGCCCACAGCUCACCUGCAGCUCCACCCUCACGCCACCGUGCUCCCUCAGACGCUGACGCUCACCCCGUCACAGCUGGUGGUUCAGUACGCCGACGGUUCUGCUGGGAAGAAGGCCGAGGGCCACGCUAGGGGUGUGAUGAACGGGGAGCUAGAGCUGGUCAAACAGACCAAAGCCUCCGCCCAAACGGGCUACGAGGCCAGACACAUCCUCGUACCCGCGGACUACGGCCAGAACCCCGCUGGGCUUCAGACCUCCCUGGUUCUGGUGGCGCAGCCCAACCACGGAGCAGAACACGAAAACAAGAUCUCUCUAGUCCAAACUGACAGAGGAGGCAUCUGUCUGGGGAAGCCGGUCUGCAGAGCCUCUUCUUUCACGUCCCUGUCCUCCUCGGAGGUGGUGAAGUCUGUUGCCCCCCACGCCGUCAUCCAGACCACCCUGCCCCCCGAGGAGCUGCCCGCCAGUCUCUACUCCUCCACGCAGCCCCCCAUUAUUGGCUACAUCACCAGUGGGAACCAGAACGCCGUCAGCUACCACACGGCCCUGCCCCAGCACCUGGUCAUCCCUAGUGGCCAGUCCCUCCUCAUCCCGGUCAGCGGCGCCAAUAACGGCCCGGAGAUGGAGGUGAGUCGUGCCGUCAGCACCUUGACCGCCACCACGACCCCUCAGAUAUCCACCGCCAUGCCGCAUGCCUAUCUAGCCACGGCGCUGUCCAAGUGUGAGGCUCUCGGAUCAGACGGGAGCCGAUCCCCGUCUUCUGUGGUCCAGGCUUCAGAGCUGCCCUCAAGCCCCGCCCCUACCGCUGCCGUGGCGGCACCUCCCUCCCAGGCUCCCGCUCCCGUCCAAACGCCGCCCUCCGUCUCCUCUCCCUCCUCUCCUGUGGUGCUGCCUCCUUUCUUCAUGCGAGGCUCCAUCAUCCAGCUGGCCGACGGGGAGCUGAAGCGUGUGGAAGACCUGAAAACAGAAGAUUUCAUCCAGAGCGCGGAGAUCAGCAGCGAGCUGAAGAUCGACUCCAGCACCGUGGAGCGCAUCGACAGCGGGCAGAGCCCCAACGCGGUGCUCAUCCAGUUCUCGGUGGGCGAGCUCAAAGCUCAGGUGUGUGUGGAGGUGCUGGUGGAGUAUCCCUUCUUCGUCUUUGGCCAGGGCUGGUCGUCCUGCUGCCCUGACCGGACCACCCAGCUGUUCGAGCUGUCCUGUGCUAAGCUGUGUGUGGGAGACGUGUGUGUGUCGCUGACCCUGCGCGGCCUGAGGAACGGCUCGCUAACACACACUCAGGCGUUUGGGACCAGGCUGAAAACCGCAGAGCCCCACGUGAGGAACAGUGUGAGUCCCGCCCCUUCAGGGAGUGACGGAGAUCUCCUGAAGAAGGUGUCGAGUGCAGGAGCAGGAGUGGGGCCGCCAGCAGAGCGCCGAGCGGCUCCGGGACAGGAAGAGGACAUCUACAGGGCUCGAGCGGCGCCGACAGGCCAGGAGGCUGGGUCCGCUCUCACAGACACCUCCAAACAGCAGUGUGUUGAUCCAGAGAGAGCGGCAGUUCGCAAGAGGCGCUGGUCCGCUCCCGAGCGAGACCAGACUGAGAGAGCAGAGGAGGAGCCUCCCACCAGCCUGCCCAAACCCUCCUUCCUCCCCCAGGAGGUCAAAAUCAGCAUAGAGGGCCGCUCCAGCGCCGGGGGAGGCGGGUUUUAAACAGAAACACCAGACUGGUGCAGACAAACAUCAAUACCUGUGGUGUGGUUUGAGUUCAGCCUCCCAGUCAAUCAAGACCGCUGUAAUAUACCCCCCCCCCCCCUACACACACACACACCUGAUCAGUGCAAUCAGAGCUGGAAGCAGCGUGGCUGUGGGCCUGGAGCUGGUUCAGCACGGCGCUGCGGGACAGGAGAUGGUCAGCUGGUACUGGUUUUACUGGGUUUGUUCCUCAGACGGGCGUAGAAAAGACCGACUGAGGGUUCUGUCGAGCGUCUACGAAGAGUUUAGUACGUCCACGUUUCAUUUUCACCCCUCUGAGAUAGCAUGAGCUGCUGCAGGUGGCCUUGUGUGUGUGUGCGUGUGCGUGUGUGUGUGUGUUCUGAAAAGCAGCACUUUGUUGGAGCGUGACGGCGACCCUCUCACCCGCUGCGUAGGUGGAGGAGCUGACGGUUUCUCGUCCUGCAGGUGUGUUGAAUGUAAACGGCAGAAAUCAGGUAAAGUUUUAUUUUUGUGAGGAUUUAUAGAGCUUCUAUUAGAGACCAGAAGAGCUACUGAGAGUCUGUCCUAGCACGUGUACAGUGUGUGUGUGUGCUAGGACACACACACACUGUACAACAGUCAUGUGGCCGGUGGACCGUCUGUGCUGCUGCGCCUCCUUCGGUCAUUCCAUUAAAUCACAGGAAGUUGUUGGUGUCAGCGGACGUUCAGGAAUGUUCUGAACGCAGUCAUGUUUCUGAUGGACCGCCAUUUUUAUCUAAUCUCUGUUGUAGCCCAGAAACCAGACUGUUGUGUGUGUGUGUGUGUGUGUGUGACUGCUCAGGUUAACCACUGCCCUUCGACUGUUCUCAGCGGUGUGGUCUUACUCCCUUUAGCGUGAGUCCGACCCUCGACUCAUCUCCUCCCACCAAACGUUUGCUGUUUCCAGGCCGGUUCUCAGACUCUGUGUGUCGGACGUGUUCGUGUUUGAACCAUCUGGCUGCUUUUACACUGAAAGGUGAUGUAAAGGAAGUGAUGUAGCGUCUAAACACAGGAGAAGGUAAAUAUCCUUCUUGUGCAAACAGACAGAAAACAACAUGAAAACAUCGUCUAGACCACUGUUUCCUGUUUCUAGUGAGUGAAGAGUUGUGUGUAGCUGCAGAGCGAAACAUCAACCUGCACACGUGAACACAUUCAGCCCUGAUCCUGGCGCCGCACGCACUCAUAAACUACACCUGCCUCACGCCAGCACAGGGCAGCCGUGCCAACACCAGUCACCACCUCUUUUACACCAACUAGGUGCUACAGGUGAUCUUCAACAGGUGAUCUUCAGGGACCAGGAGAGUCGGACUCAUUCUUUUAUGAAACGCUUCAGGAGCCUAGACCAGGUCGUUUCUGUUGGGCUCACUUCUGGAUGGAGACGCCACGUCCACCUUUAACGGGGUGUCUGCAAGGUCCUAAUGUCAGCUAAGCCCGCUUUCAUCUGGAACACGUGUCUCAUGGUCGGGCAGACGUGCUUGGAUGAAAACCGCAUCAGAGCUCGUUCAGAUAGUUUAAUCAGCUGCAGACAAACGGACCUGCAGUCAAGUAAAUGUUUAGGAUCUGAACUGUCAGCCUAAAAGCCCUGCAGACAUCAGCAGCUAUGCAUAUUAGAACUCUGCUCAGCUGUGUGUGUGUGUGUGUGUGUGUGUGUGUGUGUGUGUGUGUGUGUGUGUGUGUGUGUGUGUGUGUGUGUGUGUGAGAAUAAUACCUAGGAUCGAUGCAGAGCAUGUCUGAGGGAACCUAGCAUACAUGUCUGUAAAUAGCCAGUCUUCCAUCCUAACGUCCAUCAGACCUCGUUCCACCGAGACGCCGCCCCCGUGUCCGGACCUUUAUUGUAAUAUUUACCUUCAAAAGGCUCCUCCCUCCCUCCCUCCCUCCCUCCCUCGUUCGUUUGACAGAAGACCAGGAUGUUGCUUCACCGAAGGCGUUUUGUUUUGCACCAGCUCAAAAACCCAGGAAACGUGUGGGAGUCAGACACCUUUUCCUUUUCUUCCCUUCAUGUUUGAGUGGGUUUGGAUAUGUCUCUGUAUAAGCUGCAGUCUGUCCUGUUUGUACCGUAUGCAAGAACCUUGUGUUGAGGUUUGCUAGUCAGAAACUGUUAAAGUCUAAUGUUUGAUUUGAUAUUUGAUCAAAUAUAUUCAAAGAAAUAAAGAAUCUAAAGAAGAA